UUGUUUAUUUACAAGCAGAAUCAUCCACUAUAGCCUUUAUUCAUAGACUAAAGUUUCUAACAGAAGGAAACCUGAGAAUGUCUUGGUUCCUUGUAAUACUGUUUCUCAGUCUCACAUUUGGUACACAUUCUCAGGCUAUCCAGGACAAGAAGCUUCCUUCUGCUGUUGUGGUUGGCACUGUUUACUGUGACACAUGUUUCCAACAGGAUUUCUCCAUGGGCAGCCAUUUCAUUUCAGGUGCAUCAGUUGCUGUAGAAUGCAAAGAUGGAUAUGGGAGCUCAAAAUCAAGAUUCAGGAAAGAAGUGAAGACAGAUGAACAUGGGGAAUUCAAGGUGCAGUUACCUUUCUCAGUGAGUAAACAUGUGAAAAGAAUAAAGGGGUGCACUGUGACAUUAUUAAGUAGCAGUGAGCCUUAUUGUGCUGUGGCCUCAGCGGCAACUUCUUCUUCAAUAAGGCUCAAGUCCAAAAAGCAAGGAUUACACAUAUUCUCAGCUGGGUUUUUCUCAUUCAAGCCUCUUAAACAGCCAAAUCUUUGUAACCAAAAACCUAGCAUUCAAAACAUCAAGGGCCUUGGUUCUGUGAAAACUUUAUUUCCUCAAAAAGUAGAUCCAUCAUUUCCUCCUCCACUUAAGGAUCCAAACUCACCUGGUGGCCUCCUUCCUACUCUUUCUCCCCUUCCUGGAUUACCUAGCCUUCCACCAAUGCCAACACUCCCUCCUCUACCACCCCUUCCAGGAUUAACAGCACCAUGGUCACCACCAGUCCCUGCAACAAGAAUUACUAAUGAAUCCCCAAAUGUUGAGCCUUCAGAUCAGAAAGUAGCUGACCCUGAAAACUUCAUCUUUCCUCCUAACCCACUGUUUCCACCACCCAUUGUUCCCAACCCACUUCAACCACCUCCAUUAGUCCGCUCAUCACCUAUUGUUCCUAACCCAUUUCAGCCAACAAAUCCAACACCAUUCAUCCCUAACCCAUUACUGCCUCCCCCAUCAGGAUCAUCACCACUGUUACCUUUCCCACCACAAGUACCAGGUUUAACUCCAUCUCCAUCUCCAUCCUCACCAUCACCAACCUCUCCAUUUCCUUUCCUCCCAUUGCUCCCUCCACCUAGCAGCCCUGGCACACCCCCUGCUAAGUCUUCAAAGAAUGCUUCUCCUUAA